UGCUUUUUCACUGAAAAUUAAUAAGAAUAUUACAGGCAGCACCAGACUCAAAGUCAGCACAAACAAUCUCGUUUUGGUAUUCGUAGGAAGAGCAUGAUUUCCUCGGCUUGUCUUGUCGUACGCAAGGGCUCGCGGCUGUCCACCUUCCAUCGUGUUUCGGCGGUGAGUCUGCGUCGCACGCUGCAACGCUGUACAGUGCCUGGCAUCACAGCACUCCAGAACCCUCUCCUUCGUCAACGCUUCUACUCGACGGAACGCAUCGUUCAACUUCGUAGCGGAAGGCGAGAGGAUGACUUACCGAAAACUUUGUAUGACGCCAAAAAUGAGAAGGAGAAUUGCGGAGUUGGUUUGAUUGCUUCCCUCAAGUCGGUUCCUUCGCGAGCUAUUGUCGAAAGGGCGGAUGAGAUGUUAGUCCGUAUGGCUCAUCGCGGAGGCUGUGGGUGUGAUCCUGCUUCGGGGGACGGGUCUGGUAUGCUUUUCGGGAUGCCCGAUUCGUUCAUGCGAGCCCGUGCUAAGGAGCUUUUCCAGGCAGAGCUUCCUGCAGUAGGAGAGUACGCAGUGAGCAAUAUCUUCUUCCCGCCAGGAAGCCACGUGAACGGAAAAAUGGAUGAAUGCAAAGCGAUCCUCGAUCGACUUGUCAAAGAAAGUAAGCAUACUACUUUAGGGUGGCGCCCAGUCCCUGUCAACAACUCUCAGCUCGGGAAGGACCCACUGGAUUCGGAACCUAUCACCCAGCAACUCAUUGUUAUCAACGAUCGAAAGAUUCCCAACAAAGCAUUUGAGCAAGAUCUUAUGAAAAUUCGCAAAAUGGCAGAGGACGAAGUUGCCGUUAUUCAAGGACCUGAAAGUGGUUUUUAUGUCAACUCCCUUACCAGUCAUCACAUUACCUACAAGGGGCAAUUGACCCCAGAGCAGGUCUCGCAGUACUAUCUAGACCUGCAGGAUCCGUCGUUUAUCUCUCAUUUGGCGUUGGUGCAUUCCAGAUUCUCGACAAAUACCUUUCCAUCUUGGGAACGCGCCCAGCCGAUUCGUAUGAUGUGCCAUAAUGGGGAGAUCAACACCCUUCGCGGAAACAAGAAUUGGAUGUACAGUCGCGGGGGCAUUAUGGAAUCUCCGAUCUACGGUGAUGAUACCAGCCAUCUUCUACCCGCAACUUCUGACAAUAUGAGCGAUUCGGGGAACUUUGAUUCGGUUUUAGAACUACUCACAAAAGGCUCAAAUCGUACAUUGCCGGAGGCUGUUAUGAUGAUGAUUCCGGAAGCCUGGCAGGACAAUGACAAUUUAUCGGACAAAAAGAAAUCGUUUUACGAGUACAACUCAGCUGUAAUGGAACCUUGGGAUGGGCCUGCGAUGGUUGCCUUCACAGAUGGUCGUUACAUUGGUGCCACUUUGGACCGGAACGGUCUUCGUCCCUCGCGCUACUAUGUGACUAAAGACGAUCACGUCAUGCUCUCCUCCGAAAUUGGCGUCUGUCCCGAUAUCCCUGACUCGGACGUUAAAGUCAAGCAUCGUCUGGAACCGGGGAAAAUGUUUUUGGUCGACUUUGAAACGCAGCGCAUCGUGCCGGACGACGAGAUUAAGGAACAGGUUGCUUCGAUGCACCCUUACUCGGAUUGGGUUCAAAACGGUAUGAUCGAUCUGGAAAGCUGGUCGAAGCAAAGCGGAAGCCGAAGCGGUCCUAUGGAUUUUACCCAGACCAACCGCAAACUGAACAUGUUUGGUUACAGUAGCGAAAAGCUAGAAAUGUUGCUACUGCCUAUGGCCGUCGGCGGCAAGGAAGCGCUUGGAAGCAUGGGAAACGAUGCAGCUCUUGCUGUUCUUUCUGAGCAGCCACGCCAAGUAAACGAUUAUUUCAAGCAACUGUUUGCACAGGUGACGAACCCUCCGAUUGAUCCUAUACGUGAAGAAAUCGUGAUGAGUUUGGUCUGCCCUGUUGGUCCCGAGGGCAACCUACUUUCUGAUCCGCAGCAAUCACAUUGCGAGCGUCUGGUGGUCCGUCACCCCGUACUCACUCUGGAUGAAAUGGAAACUUUAAAGAAUCAGGAAUAUAAGAGCACAAGCGGCGGUCAAGGAUUUAAAACGGCUGUAAUUGAUACAACGUUUUCGGUAGGAAGUGGACCGGACGGCAUGCUUCAGGCUCUUGAACGAAUCUGCGAUGAAGCAGCUGAAGCCAUCCAGGGCCCUUUUGGCGGAAGCGGCGUGGAGGGCGUUAUUCUUUCUGAUAAAUUCGCUGGUCCCGAUCGAAUUGCGCUGCCAUCUUUGCUGGCCGUCGGUGCUGUCCACCAUCAUUUGCUGAAAACGAAGCAACGCCCUAAGGCAGCUAUUUUUGCCGAAGCUGGAGAUGCCAAAGAAGUUCACGAUUUUGCGACAAUUUUCGGAUACGGCUGUGAUGCUGUUUGUCCUUACAUGGCCUACGAAGCUAUUUGCAAAAUGAACGAGGAAGGACAAAUUGAGUCUAAAGCGAAGCAGCAGUUCACGGACGAAGAGGCGAUGCAAAACUACCGUAAGGCCGCAGCCAAAGGUCUUUUAAAAGUAAUGAGUAAAAUGGGCAUUUCUACGCUGCAGAGCUACAAGGGUGCUCAGGUUUUUGAAGCAGUUGGUCUUGCAGACGAAGUCGUGGAUCGCUGUUUCAGCGGAACGACAACCCGCAUCCAGGGCACCGAUUUUGAAGCGCUUUACCGUGAUCUGGAACGCUUCCAUGAGAGUGCCUAUCCUCCGAUACCUUCGGAUUUGGAUGACUUGGUCCGCAGCGAUGGGCAGUUCCACUACCGGGACGGCGGAGAGGCUCAUCUGAAUACCCCUGCUGGAAUGGUUAACCUGCAAAUUGCUGGCCGAACGAACUCACGUGAAGCCUACAAGGAGUUUGCGCGUCUCACUAACGAGCAAAACAAGAAAGUCACCCUCCGUGGCCAGCUCAAGUUUAAGUUUGACCCGACUAAGGCAAUUCCUAUUGAAGAAGUGGAGCCAACGAGUGAGAUUGUCAAGCGCUUUGCGUCUGGUGCCAUGUCUCUGGGGUCAAUCAGUCGCGAAGCCCAUGAGACGCUGGCUGUGGCAAUGAACAGUAUUGGAGGUCGAUCGAACACUGGCGAAGGUGGUGAAGACCCGAAACGCUUUCUUGACAAUCGUCGAUCCAGUAUCAAACAAGUUGCCUCUGGACGAUUUGGUGUGACAUCCCACUAUCUGGCAAAUAGUGACCAGAUCCAAAUCAAAAUGGCUCAAGGCGCAAAGCCCGGCGAAGGUGGCGAAUUGCCCGGAUUUAAAGUCUCGGAGUAUAUUGCUGAGAAUCGGCACACAACUCCAGGCGUUGGUCUGAUUUCUCCGCCGCCUCACCACGACAUUUAUUCGAUUGAAGAUCUAGCUCAACUCAUUCACGACUUAAAGAAUGCUCAGCCAAAGGGAGAGGUAUCCGUCAAACUUGUGUCUGAAGUCGGAGUUGGUGUUGUCGCUGCAGGUGUCGCCAAGGCUCUUGCCGAUCAUAUCACAGUCAGUGGUCAUGACGGGGGCACUGGAGCAGCUGCCUGGACUGGUGUGAAAGGAGCCGGUCUCCCAUGGGAGCUUGGUCUUGCCGAAACGCAGCAGACCCUUGUCUUGAAUGGUUUACGUGAUCGAGUUAAGUUGCAAACCGACGGACAGCUGAAAACGGGACGAGAUGUUGCGAUCGCCGCGCUCCUCGGCGCUGAAGAGUUUGGCUUCGCCACGGCUCCACUAGUUGUAAUGGGAUGCAUCAUGAUGCGCAAAUGCCACUUGAACACUUGCCCUGUGGGUAUAGCCACGCAAGACGAAGAGCUUCGUCGCAAGUUUUCUGGACAGCCUGAGCACGUCAUGAAUUACUUCUUCCUGCUUGCUGAGGAAGUUCGCGAAAUUAUGGCGAAAUUGGGGUACAGAAAUAUGGCAGAAAUGAUUGGACAAACCCAGCAUUUGGACAUCAACAAACGCGGCCUUCACUACAAAAGCCGUGGGCUGGACUUGAGUCCGCUUUUAACGCCUGCGUCAGAGCUCAACCCGUCUGCCGGAAUUCGCAAUUUGACCGGCCAAUAUCACGGUCUCGACAUUGCCAAGGAUAUUGAUUUUAUUGCAAAGGCGAAGGAUGCGUUAGAAAACCAGAUCCCAGUUGUCAUCGAAGACGAGAUUGAAAACGUCAACCGUACUCUUGGAACUAUGCUUUCUUACGAGAUCUCUUCGCGAUACGGUACGGAGGGUCUUCCAGACGACACAAUUCACCUCAAGCUUAAAGGACAUGGUGGGCAGUCUUUAGCGUUUACUCUUGCAAAGGGUAUCACGAUGACAGUGGAAGGAGACGCGAAUGAUUACACUGGUAAAGGCCUCUCAGGCGGAAAGCUUGCUGUUUACCCGACGGCCGAUGUCGUCGCAAGUGGGUUUGAAGCCGAAGAGCACGUUGUCGUGGGAAAUGUUUGUUUGUACGGUGCUACGUCAGGCAAGGCAUUCUUUCGUGGAAAGGCGGGUGAGCGAUUUUGUGUCCGUAACUCCGGUGCCCUCGCUGUCGUCGAAGGUGUUGGCGACCACGGCUGCGAGUAUAUGACUGGUGGCAUUAUGGUUUCUCUCGGCGAAACGGGUCGCAACUUUGCUGCUGGUAUGAGCGGAGGCAUCGCUUACAUCUACGACGCGGAUGGCAAAUUUCCCGCCCGUUGCAACAUGGGCCUUGUGGGAUUGGAGACGAUUGAUACGCCGGAAGAAUCAGAAGAGGUGCACAGCUACAUCAAGGAACAUGUUGAAAUGACCGGAAGCAGUACUGGUCAGAAAAUGCUGGAUAACUGGGAGAAUGAGGUCGGUAGAUUCGUCAAAGUCUUCCCUCACGAUUACAAACGCGUGCUGAUGGAACGCGAGGCUCGGGCUGCAGAGGCUGCGUAACCUCUGCACGAUAUGGUUUUGAAUAAUUACCUGUAAGAAAUUUUACGUUUUUUUCUGC